UAAAAUGUCUUCAGAUGCAAAAAAACUUAAACUUGAUGAUGAUGCAAGUGGAGGUGGAUCUGUAUCUAGCAUUGAUCGUGAAUCUAGUUUGUCUGAUGAAAAUAAAAUUAAAGUAGUUGAAGGAGAAAAUGCUGAUGAAUCUGUUUAUGUAAAAGACAAAGCUACCGGCAGGGAAAGGUGGAUUGAACUCUCAUCUGAUGGAACUUUGGAUUUCUUUUCUGUUGAGCAUGGUUUUCCUGGAUGUUGGGGUUUAGAGUAUUCUUCAAGUAUUGGUGUUUGCAUUGUUCGAUUUAAUGAUAAUAAUAAAACUUUUUUGCCGCCUAAUGGUGGAUGGAAGGGGAAGGAGUUUAAUGUCAUUUAUCGAGUUGAUAGCUCUCCGUGCCGUAUAGAAUCUCCUUUCAAAGUCAAUAAUGUUGUACAAAAUCCUGCGCCUAAAUUGAAAGCGCUGUCUCCUUAUCUUUUCUAUAUGUUGAGAAAUGAUCGGAAGUUAUGUGUCACUGCAGUUACCAAAUACUUCUUUGUAACAUACCGUCACGGUUCAAAUUUAAAACAUCAACUUGAAACAACAAUAAAAAUCUAUCGUCAUGAUAAUGAUUCUGAUUCGGAGCAAUUCUUUACCGCCACUGUUAAAUUAAUUUCUCAAAAACAUGAUUUUAUUCUGUUAAAAAGCGAUAAGCUCAUAAAUGACUUUGAACCUUACCAUUGUGAUCCGCCGUUUAAAGGGCGUCAUAUUUGCAUGUACGGUUAUGGAAAUAAAUUCAAUAAACUUACUCAUGGUGGUGGGUAUAUUCACUCGGAUGAAUUGCAGCGUUUUAAAAAUACAGAAACUGGAGAAAUUCGUGGGCCAUUCUUGUUGAUGCACGUUGGAUCAGAUUAUGGGGACUCUGGUGCCUCUGUGUGGUGUUCUGCUGGUCUUAUCGGAUUAAAUUUGGGUCGCAUCGGAUUUAAGACUCCUCCUGGCUCGGUUGUUACAACUGAUUUGGUAAAAGAAGCAGCUACUUUCCCCAAGAGAAAUUAUGUUGUUACAAUCGAACGAAUAAUGGACUCUGUAAAGGAAGUUGAAGCAAAAGAAAAUCCAGCGGGACUUGAUAUUGAUGAGCCUAUUGUUAUUAAUAUUCCAGGCGAAGGAGACUUUAGUGAAGUUUAA